AUGAACGAUAAGUAUCUCGAUGGACCUUUUGUUUUUAGAAUCAACGACAAUGGUGGUGGACCGAAUCUUCUUGUACAGGUAUGUAUAGAACGCGGAUGGCGAGAAUACACCGGAGACAAUAGUUCUCUGAAGGAUCGGUGGAACCUGUGGUGGAAAUCGGGUGGAUUCAGUAGCACGUACUAUAAAAAUUUACUGCCGGGACAAUUUAUCAACCGAAUACCAAAAGGCAGCUCGAUAUGUAAAAAAGACAAUCUCGUACGGCAUUUGAAGUGCAUGAGACAGAUAUACGGGAAUAUUUACGACAUCAGUCCGGUAGGAUAUAAUCUUCCAUCAGAGUACACGAAGCUUGCGGCAGACUGCAGUCGCUCUGAGAAGGACGAACGAGUGUGGAUAUGCAAGCCCGUUGGACAGAGUCAAGGACGUGGUAUUUUCCUAUUUCGGCGAUUGAGUGACUUGACGUAUGACAGUACUGCUGUAGUUCAAAAAUAUAUUGAGAAGCCUCUUCUUAUCGGCGGGUACAAAUUUGAUUUAAGAUUGUACGUAUGUGUUCCGUCAUACAGACCUCUUGUUAUUUAUAUUUACAAUGAGGGCCUGGCACGGUUUGCUACCUCGAAAUUUUCACUUGACAAUCUCAGCGAUCCCUUUCGACAUCUUACUAAUUUUGCUUUGAAUAAACUGGGACCGGGAUACUCGCAAAAGAAAGAGCGAGUCGGUGCAGGCUCGAAAUGGAGUUUCCGACAAUUGAGAAGAUACAUGAAUCAAUCGGGCUUCCACGACUGGUUCCUUUGGCAGCGAAUUGCCUGUCUUAUAACUCUUACUAUUCUUAGUCAAACUGCAGGCAUUCCAGAGACUUCUAAUUGUUUUGAAUUUUUCGGCUUUGACGUUUUGAUUGACGCUGAUCUUAAGCCCUGGUUGUUGGAGGUAAAUAUAAGCCCAGCACUUGGAAAUGAUUGUGAAGUCGACUUUGAAGUUAAAAAGCCACUGCUUCAUGAUUUAUUUGACUUGUUGGGUCUGCCAGUAUGCAACACCGGUCUUUCACUUUUUAAAAUCUGGUCAACUACACCUAAUAAUCAAAGUAUUGACAAUGAUUACUGUGCUUCCAAGUAUUAUAAGUCACGGUGUUCCGGAAAACCUCUCGUAAAUAUUUGUUCAAAUAACCGAGAUAUAUUCAGACACUCAAACGCAGAUGAAAAUUACGGAAACUCAUGCUCAAGGUACAACUUCCUUUGCCUCGAAAAAAGUCUUCGCCAACGGUUGAACUCAGCUCACAAGUUAAGUAACAAUCAUCCUGGUACAUUUGUCUGGGAUAAUGGACGAGACUGGAGCAACCCAAAGAUCCGUGAGGGUGGGUGGAUCCGUACAUACCCUUUUACUAAUUGUAAACUAGUCGACAAUGUUGAUUUCCAGCAUCCAAUCAACACAAGAGAAACCAAGACUACGGAACGAGAGAUAAAAAAUAAUGUUUUAUCUGUUCAAAAAUUUAUUAAAGUAGCUAAAGAUAUUAAUCGAGAUUUUGGUAAGUAUGGAGACGAAAGAUGCAAUCAGCUUUUGCGUCAAGAAUUAGAGUUGACUUCAGAAAUUUGGCUUCCCAAUAAAUAA